GCAGAUUUAUAGCAUUAGAGAUUAAAAACAGUUAGAGAAAUUUCAGGGGAUCCAUUCCUACACCAAUAACUCCGAGUUCAAAUGCUAGCCUUAAACACAAGGCUCACUCCCAACUCUUUAAAAACCAGACCCUUUUAACCUCUUGAUCAUUCAUUCACUUGACAAGCACCAGAACACGCAUUCACCAUCUCCACUUAGCUUACAAAACAUGGGUGAUGAUGCACAUGAUCAGGCCGAGAGGGAGCGCAUUUUCAAGCGCUUCGACUUGAACGGAGACGGGAAGAUCUCCGCAACAGAGCUUGGAGAUUGCUUGAAGACUCUAGGCUCGGUCACGCCGGAUGAGAUUAAGCGUAUGAUGGCAGAGAUUGAUACUGAUGGUGAUGGAUUUAUAUCAUUUGAUGAGUUCACGGACUUUGCCAAAGCUAACCGUGGCCUAAUGAAGGAUGUUGCCAAGAUAUUUUAAUUUCAACUGUUACCUAUCAAUUCAUUUCUUUAAUGUUCAUUUGUCAUAUUUCUUCUUCUUCUUCUUCUUUUCCUUGGAAGGGUGUGAUCUAUUUCAUAAUUGUGAAAGGAGUACACACUGGUCCAAAUAGAUUUUGAUUGUGACAAGUUUGUUUUGGUAGUUAAACUAUAACUGCUUGUCUCAUAGUUCUUUUUCUGUAAUUCUGUAUUUCAGUAAUGAAUAUCCUGAGCAAUUGAAUUUGAUGCUGUAA